AUGACGCCGUUCACCGCUGCAGUUCUCCAGUUCUUCGUGCAGUUUGUCUCGAAGCGCUACGAAGUGUUAAUCAGAGAUACGGGGUACAUCCAGACGACGUACGGCUUCGCGCAGAUCAUCCAGGCACUCCGAGUCCUCCCAUGGAUAUCAAGCGUCCUGCUCAAAGACACCACACCAAAAGCCUUCAGGAUGGCCAACGAGCAGGAACGAGAUCUAAGUCUAGCUAAAUGGUCAUUUUGGUUUGUUCUUCUAGGGUUCUUCACAAUGGCAGCCACUCCUAGCCUCGCCGUGUUUAUCCUGGGUCUCCUGGCUCUGGCCAUUGGCUCAGGCUACAGCUCACUGGUUCAUAGUCUCAUGAGUCUGUAUGUAGAUCCGCUGCAUCAAUCCCGGCUCUUUUCCCUGGUCGGGAUGCUUGAGGUAGCCGGCAACCUGUACGGGUCGCCGAUGUUGGCGGGACUGUUCACAUUGGGGAUACGGCUUGGUGGUGGAGGGAUAGGUCUACCUUACUACGGGCUCGCGGUUCUCGCUGCGCUUUGCAUAGGAGUCAUGUCUUUCGUCAAAGUACCUAAGCAUGAAGUGGUGGAUGAUUCAUCCAGCCAGCCUGAGGAGCCUGAAUAA